AUGCCGAAAAUAAAUCGACGACUGGUUUAUCUAUUUCUACUAAUUUUCGGCGCAAUUUUGAUAUUUAAAAGUGGUUUCAAAGAAACGACACAAAGCAUCAAAAAGCCUUUUGGUAUGUUUUUAUUCUGAAAAGAAUUUCUUCUGAGAAUUUCAUGAUGGGAAGCAAAAAUAUUUAAAAAAAAACAAAAUUUCAAAUUUUUUGAGUGAAAAACGUGAACAUGCCAAUCUCAUUUUCCAAAAUGAUUAUUCAUUUCUUAUUUUUGCAGCAAAAAAUCCGGUGCCUGAAAUUGACGAAGAAGAAAAAUGUUAUUAUGAUGAUUCGUGUUCUCUUCCCCAAAUGUUGUUUCGAAUUCGGACAGAAACUGAAAAAUGGCCGCCGUUUGCAUGUUUGAAUGAUAUAAGGUAACUUUUUCGAUUUUCAAUACAUCUGAAUCGAAAGUUUUUGAAAAUAGGCUGAUUUAGCUUUUGAUCAUUCUGAAAAUUGAUCUAAAAGCUAUAAAUUUAUAUUUUUAUCUCAAACUUCUAUCGAAAAUUCCCUAAUUUUUCAGAUUAUUUGAUAACUCAAUAAUCGAGCAAGGAAUAAAUGUGGCUGUUUUGAACGGAUCUGAUGGUGAUAUUCUUAUUCGAGACACUUUUGAUGUGAAAACGACGGAUGAGAAGUUCAUGAAAUGGUUGAUGUAAGAUUUUUCACACAGAGAUUAUUUUCCUAUAAUUUUACCUGAUUAUCUUCAGAACUUACAAAAGAAGUUAAUCUUUCCGUUUUGUUCCGAAAAUCGUCCAUUUUCAAAAAAAUAAAUCCCAAAAUUUCAGAGCCCUUCCACAUGCCGCAAUCCUUGUGGUCGCAUCUUUCGGCGAUGUUGCCGAACACGUUUCCCGAGACACGCGUCAAAUUCUCGCCGCAUUUGGCGCAUCAGAAAUCGAUAAUUGGCGUGGUGGAAGUGCUUAUAUUUUAAUCGGUCAACGUGGAAUUGCGAAACGCGAAGCAAAAGAGCGAAUUUCACCAUUUUCGAAAAAAUCUGGAAGUAUUUUUUGAGGGAUGUUUCGAUUUACCAUUAGCUGAGACGAAAAUUGUGAAUUUGACAAGUUUCGGAUUGAAUCGAGGAAAAAAGCUGAAUGAAACUGUUUUGGCCGAAAUUUCGAUGGAAACGAAAGGAAAAACAUUGAAUCAGGGAGAAUUUAAAAUGGGAAUCAAGUGGAAAAAUUGUGGAAUGACAGAAGAAUGUGAAGAUGGUAAGAGUUUUUGAACUGAAAGCUCUAUUCUUAUGUUUUUAGACACUAUUCCGAUCCAUUUGUUUUCUGGUGAACAAAAAGAUGAUAAUCCGAAAAUGUGUAUUGGUGGAAAAAUGAUAUUUGACAAGGGAUUGAAUAAUGCGGGAAGAGGAUUGAAUUUAGCGAUUUUGGAACCGAAAACUGCCAAAAUUAAAGAUGUUAAACGAUUUGACACUUAUCAAGAUGGUAAGGAAAUUUGGGUGAAAUCUAACAAAAUCUAAGUUUUAAUUUCAAAAAAAUUCAAGCAUUAUAAUCAACGAAUUUGUUUAUUUUGCACAGGGUUUCUCUUACUGAAUAUAACUAUAAUAAUCUCCACCUUCUUAUUUUUCACCAAUUUUUUCUUCCAGAAUCGAAAAAUCUAGAAGAAUGGCUUGAUGCAAUUCCAACUGGGUAUAUAAUUGUUGGUGUUAGCUUUGAUGAAGCAUCAAAUAUGUUAUCCGAAAUGGCAAAAAGAAUAUUAUAUGAAAUGGGUUCAAGUAUGAUUGAGAGACUGAAAUUCCGUGCUGCUUGGUAUUUUGUGGGACAAAAAGGAAUUGGCGCAUAUUCACCAUUUGAAGAUUUGAAUAUUCCAACAGGAAAUACGUGGGCAACACCAGUUCGAACUUCGAUUUGUUUGCCAAAGUCACGUGAGUUUUUUAUAUCUCGAGAAAAAUGAAAAAAAAACAUAUUUUAUAGUUAUCAAAAAAGCGGCUGAUUCUCUACCCAAUGAUGCACGAAACUUGCCAAAACGUCAUUUUUGUGCAAAAUAUGAUAGACAUGAAGAAUUUUGUGAUUCGGAAAAUCUUGAUACACCAAUAAUCCCGAAAAUUCUACAAAAUGAAAAACGACAAAAUGAGGCGAUUUUCAAUGUUCCAAUUAUAAUUGCAGCUGGUUUAGCACCGGAUUCACUUCGAGCAACACUUGAAACAUUAAUCAAACAAGAAGGUAUCAAUAUGCAAAUGGUUCUUGUUUGUUUUGAUAAAGAAUAUAUGGAAAGUGCCGAUUUGGCUGCAUUGUUUCAUGUGAAAAGUGUGGCGAUUAGUGCAGGAGCUGAUUAUAAUGGUCAGUGUUUUGUUGUUUGAAAUAUGACAUUUUUAUUCGGGAUUGAAGAUUCAGAGUCUCACAAAAAUUACAAAAAGUCUGAUUUUUUUUGUUUUAGAAAUUUAAAAUUUUGUGAGGUCAAAUUCCAUCCACAAGUUUUUCGAGAAUCUACAAAAAAUCGAAAAAAAAUUUCAAGCUAAUAAAAAAUUUCGGGAAACUAGUAUACUCUUCGCGAAGUGUAGUUGGAGAGAUUCUCAGGGUUCCCAACUGUUAUACUUUUGAUGUGAUCUAUUCUCAAAGUCAGUGUUAGAGGGGGGAGGGUUCCCAUUUUGAAGAAAACAAUUCCAUGAAGUUACAAUAAGCGUGUUCCAAAAAUUGCAGCGCUCACACCCCAAAAAAAAAGAAAAUUCUCAGACAAGUUGAGCGAUUAAUCGGUAAGCAAAGUGAGCUGACGAUUAAUCGUCUGAACAAAAUUAAUACAGGCGAUUAAUCGCUCAGCCAGCAGCUAAUUCAAGUUGCUUAGCGAUUAAUCGCCCAAUUUCUCUGAGUAAAUAAAAAAAUUCACGAAUACUUCUACCGUACCCCUCAUCAAAGGCGCACACAAAUUUUCUCCCGUGUCUCACAACGCGCGUUGAUUUUUCAAAAAACGAAGCGGUGUUUGCACAAAAAGAAACAUUUAAUGUGACGCCAAAUUUUCAGUGAUUUCGUUUUUUAUAAGGGGAGGACAUUUUUAAUCAAACAUUUUCUGGGUUUUAAAAACAAAAUAAAUUUUUUUCUAAGGUUCAACCUCCCGUUUUUCAGCCCAUCUCCUUUCUUCAAUGUCAACAGCUCUUUCAAUUUUCCCGGAUUCCGAUUCAUUUAUUGUUAUCGAAGAAGAUGUCCAAUUAUCUGAUGAUUGGCUUUUCUAUUUUUCAACAAUUUAUUCAACUUUCAUCGAAGAUAAAAACAUCGAUUUUGCACUGGCUUUGAAUCCAAAUGGAUUUGUCGAUUCUUCUGGCGAACCAUCAACAAUUUAUCGAAUUCAAGAUCAACAACCGAUUGGAUCUUAUAUUAUUAAGAGAGAUUUGUAUGAAAAACAUAUUAGAUUGAGAGAAUGUGAGUUGAUUUUUUUUUGGAUUUAAAACUUGAAUCAUACCUGAAAUCUCCAUAUUGUAUUUCAGUUUGCUGUUUGGAACAUCGUAAUUGGGACCUUCGACCUUCAACAUCUCUAGUUCCAGCUUUAUCAAGAAUUUCAAUAACUGGAUAUUUAUUGGAUAAAAAUAAUGUGUUAUUUUCCAGAGAAAGAAUCGCGUCGUAAGUUUUCUUUGAUUGGCUAAAAAUUUUAAGUUUUAUUUUAUAAUAUAUUCAGAACUUCCCCCGCCAAAUUGACUGCUGAAUAUAUAAAUGUGGAAUAUUAUCAGAAAUUUAUCGAGAAUAUUCUGAAAACAACCCCAAAUUCAAAUAUCGAUGAAAUUUUGAAUAUUGGAUGCGAAAAAUGGAAAACUUCUCAAAAAGCAUCAAAAGUUUUGAAAUUUGAAGAUGUCUCAAAAUUGGAACAAAUUUUCGAUUGUCUCAAACUUUAUCACACUCCAAAAUUGUUGAAAAAUAAUCGAGUUUUCAGGUUUAAUUUGGCAAAAAAUAUAGAGAUUUUUAUAGUUAAAAAUUAGCUUUUUUAUUAUAUAUUUGUAAUUAGAAAAUAUUCAGAAAACGGGUAUUAUGUUGCUUGCCUUGUCAAAAAUAUGUGUAUAAUUCAAUGAAUAGCAUAAUGAUUUAGAUUUUUAAAAUUGCAAAUAAAUAUUUUUUAUAUCUUUUUUUCUCUGUUCUCUCUUCUUGGUUAUUUGACCAGUUUUUAUCUCUCGUUUUUUGUGCUGACGUUGAUUUUUAUUUUUUUCAAAUUGUGUUUUUGGAUUUUGAAAUACAUAAUUUCUGUAAAAUUGCCCCUUAAUUCAUAUUUUCAGAUGAAAACCUCAAUAUUCUUCUUCUCCCUUUUAACCGCUCUAUUUUCAACAAUUUCUUGUCAAAAAGAAGAAUAUAAAAUUGAUCUGGAAGAAUGUAAAGCGGCUGGAUUUGAACCGGAAACAUUGAAAUGUUCGACGUGUGAAAAAUUGACCGAUUUCAAUUUGGAAACACUUUUGAGCGAUUGUUUGGGAUGUUGUACGAAAGAAGAGGAAUUCAAGCAUAAGGUGAAGAGUUUUGGGCUUUGAAGCUAGAUUUACAGAGGGGAAGCUGGAAUUUUGAAUAUGACAUGGGAACUUGAAAAUUCAGUGUUUUUCUCAACCAAAAUUCAGAAAAUUUCUUCUUGAUUUUCAGCCAAAAAUUGACGAUGAUCGAAGUCCAUCAAUAUUUUGUAUUUUCUGGAAUUUUUUUAAUUUGAAAAAUUAUGACAACAUGAAUUUUCAGCUGAAAAAUAUAAUUUUUUGAGUAAAAAAAAGUUCCCUUGUUUAUUUUCAACUUGAAAUAAUCGAACAUUUUGUAAUUUUUCAUCAAAUUCCCUAAAACAAAAAUGAAAAUUCAAAAAUCGUAACGAAGUUAAGCAAAUUCAAAAACCCUUUAAUUUUUUCCAGACCUACCCCGUAGCAUUCCUCGAAGUUUGUGAAUGCAAUUUGGCUCGUUUCCCACAAGUUCAAGCUUUUGUUCACAAAGAUAUGGCAUCACAAUGGAAUGGAAAAGUAAAAGUGAGACAUGUGAGAGGAGUUCGACCACAAGUUGUAUUGAAAGAUUUGGAUGGAGUUACAAAAGAAACAUUGAGUGUUGAACAAUGGGAUACGGAUACACUUAUUGAUUUUUUCAAUCAAUGGAUCGAUUAG